AGGUGACCGUCACUGAGACCACUUCAACUAUUAAAGGGCGACUCUUGUCAGUGCGCAACAUUGGAAAAUAUUAUAUUUUGGAGAACAAUCUGUUUAAAAUGGAUUCUUUCAGUGGACUUUUUCUUUUGUUGGUGAACUUCGUAUCAAACGUCUUAUGACCGACUUACCGGAGCGCUCAGAAUAAAGUUUCUCAUGGUGCACUUUAUCCUGAAGCAGCACAGCGCGCUACGGGAAUCAGAAAUGAAAGCAGAACUGACACUAUUUUGCACAUUUCUCUUUAGGAAGUAUUUCAAAUGGCUUGAUUCAAGAGUCUUUUCUCGCUUUUGAUCUGCGGCUGCGACAGAUAACCGCGCGCUUCGUUACCAUUACGCCUAUUUUACAUUUGGAUAAGCGACUGAAGCUCCAAGCCAUAAACACUUGGGACUCCGAACAGCACAGCAGGACAACACCAUGACCAACUGCUGGCUUGCCUUGGUCGGAUUGUGGUGGAGCGCUUAUUACUGCAUGUAUAUGCAGGUCGCGGGGAGUAAUUAUUCACUGGAUGGAAACAACGAAGUGCACCCGGGUUUCAUCCACCGGCGGCUGCGGACGCACGAGAAGAGGGAGAUGCAGAAGGAGAUCCUGUCCAUCCUCGGGCUGCCACACAGACCGAGACCGCAUCUGUCUCACGGAAAGUACAACUCCGCUCCACUUUUCAUGUUGGACUUAUACAACACUAUAUUUAACGAGGAGAAAAGCCAAGUGGAAGGCAUUAUGGACCGAUACCAGUCCAUGCGAACGACCCAGAGUCCUCCUCUGGCCACAUAUCAAGAAACUGCGUUUCUGAAUGAUGCAGAUAUGGUGAUGAGCUUCGUUAAUCUAGUGGAGUACGACAGGGAGCUCUCUCCGCAGCGGCGUCACCACAAGGAGUUUAAGUUCAACCUCUCACAGAUCCCAGAGGGCGAGGCCGUCACCGCAGCAGAGUUUCGCCUCUACAAGGAGUGUGUGAGCCGCGCCUUCCGCAACGACACCUUCCUACUCAAAGUCUACCAGGUGGUCAAGGAGCACCCUGACAGAGAGGCAGACCUGUUCCUGCUGGAGUCUCGCAUGCUGUGGGCGGCGGAGGACGGCUGGCUGGAGUUUGACAUCACUGCCACCAGCAACCUGUGGGUGAUGAACCCGGCUCACAAUCUGGGCCUGCAGGUCAGCGUGGAGACCACCAGCGGGCAGUGCAUCAGCACCAAGGAGGCCGGUCUCGUAGGACGUGACGGUGCCCUGGAGAAGCAGCCUUUCAUGGUGGCGUUCUUCAAAGUCAGCGAAGUGCAUAUGCGCACCGCUCGCUCCACUGGCGGAAAACGUCGCCAGCAGAACCGCAACCGAUCCACGCAACCGCAGGACGGAUCCAGAGGGCUGGGCCCAGCAGAUUACAACAGCAGCGAUCAGAAGACGGCAUGCAGAAGACAUGAGCUCUACGUCAGCUUCAGAGAGCUAGGCUGGCAGGACUGGAUCAUCGCUCCUGAAGGCUACGCAGCCAACUACUGCGAUGGAGAGUGCUCCUUCCCCCUUAACGCCCACAUGAACGCCACCAACCACGCCAUCGUGCAGACCCUGGUGCACCUGAUGAACCCAGAGAACGUACCAAAGCCGUGCUGCGCUCCCACCAAGCUCCACGCCAUCUCGGUGCUCUACUUCGACGACAACUCCAACGUCAUACUGAAGAAGUACAAGAACAUGGUGGUACGCGCCUGCGGCUGCCACUGACACCGGCAUCGAGGGCGAACAAUGCUUGAUUGAAAGUCUGGUUAAAGGGCAAAGGGCUAAAACUGCACCAGUGACUCCUGUGUGAUGUUGACCUCAACUAGACACCAGCUUCAUGCCCACAAUCCUCAGCCUGCAGGGAACGUCCACCCUGAAAGAUCAUUUACAUGUUCUAUUCAAAUAAUCUUGGACAAAACAUCCAUCUAAUAACACAAACACUUGUCUUCGUCCAACUAAGAGGGGACCACUGUGGGCGUCCGAUAGGCUACUCCACCCUCCAGUGUUGAGCCACCAAGAUGUUCAUCACCUUCUCUAUUAGCUGUGGAGUCUUCACUUCAUGGUUCUGCAACUGAGUGAAUGACUGUGUGUGUGUGUGUGUGUGUGUGUUUGUGUGGGGAGGAUGGAGUGUUUAAGUUUGUAUAUUAUGCAUUUAUGGAAGUGUGUGUCUGAACGCCUAAGAGGCUACUGCACCUUCUCCCUCAUUGAGAGGAAGAGGGCAAACUGAACUGUUGUGGGACCAGUCCGAGUGCUGCUUUCUUUCCCUUCUCCUCUCCGACAACAGAACGAUGGAUCAGUUCUCAGAGGGGACUCGAAUAAUUACUUAUGAACAACUUCUCUGCAGCGCAUGACCCCGGGAGUUGACUCGGUGUUAUCACAGCUCUGAAAACCAACAGUCGUCAGUGACGUCACCAAAUGACAGAAAAUGUGUAUAAAUGGUUUGAGUGAGAUGGGAAAAUACAAACUCAGUUUCCUUUUCAGCGCAAAUGUUAACUCGAUACUAAAUGAAUGAUACAUUGGAGUUAGUAGAUUCAUAUUUCCUUCCUCUUUCCUAAUGUAUUUUCUUCUUAAGCCAUAUUUGCCCUCCAAAAAUAUAAUAUGGACUGAACCAAAGUGACCGCAGGCUAUUUUAGUAGUGCACUGCUCCAAAUAUCCCCUCCGUGUCAAUAUUUGCCGGGCUCACGCCGAGCUGCGAUUCACCAGGCUGGUUCAACAUGAUGCAUGUUGCGGCUAAACUGAUGUUUUUCUCCAAAGAACCGAAGAAUACGGCCUUAUCCCUCUGACAUACCGCAAUUGGCCAUUUCCAUGUUGCUGCACUCGCAAAGUUCACAAACGCUUCAGCCCCUGACAACCCAUCAAGAGAUUGUGGAAAAACAUUUCAGGAGUCAAAAACAGCCGGCAGAACGGUGUCUGUGCCAGCUUUCUGAAAUUAGCUCUUUGCUUUUUCAACCCUGAGGGUAAAAUUACGUUGAGAUUUGUGUCCAGUGGCAACAUCUUUCCAAUUGAACAUGUUACUGUGAGCUUUGAAUGACAUGGAGCUUUUUAGAGAACAUAUUUUAAUGAAAAACUAAUACCAACAACAUUUAAAAUACCUUAUGUGCCUAACCAAUCAUAAAUUACAAAAUAUACCUCUGGUAAGCUGCUGUUUACAUUUGUGAUCAUGUUUAGACUGUUUUUUGUAAAUACUUGUACAUUCUCAGCUUAUUUAUUGCACCUUUUAUUAAAAAGAAAAAUCACAUACCUUAUUAACAGAGACCGAUGCAAGAACAAAAAACUUAUUUUUGAAUUUUUUUAUUAUGAAAUCUCAUGUUACAACUUGCCAUUAUUCACUCUUUUUGUACAAAAUCCAUGGUUAGUGCACAACCCAUGACUCGCAAGGAAAAAUACUUCUGUCACUGGAGUUGUUAGACCAUGUGCUAUCCAUAAAAACUUUUACUGACAAAAAACCCCCACUGUGUUUGACUGUUUGUGUACCUGGGUUAGACAAUAAAAAGAUACUCUGCAUGGUGCAUCACAUACGUUUCACAUAACCUGGGUCAAGCAGCAUUUGCAGUGUAAUGUCCUAACAGGUGGGAGAAGUCACAACAAGUCACAGAAAAGAAACUGCAAACGCUAUAAGAACUAGGUCUGAUGAUGAAUUACAUUUUCCACUUCUGUUGAAUAUUCAAACAGAUUCAUGUACUGUAGUUGGGUUGAUGUUAUGUCGCAGUAUAUUUUGGUUGCUAUUGAUAAAGGGUGCUUCUUUUACCCGAUGACUUUACUGGUUAGUGAGAAGCUGAUGUAUCUGUACCUUAAAACCAUAUCACCCCCCCCCUCUGUGUAGCAGAGUUAAACUAUUGCUGGCAUCACAGCUUGGGUUUCCAGUCAGAAAAUUGACAUCUAAGAUUAUUUGGGA